AUGGUCUCAGACCACAGUCCUGUCCAGUGGGCCACCACCAAGCGGAAGAAUCAAAAUUGGGUGACCAAGUUGCAAGAUGAUGGCGGAAUAUGGCAUUCUCAAUCCUCUGACCUCUCACAAAUGAUGAUAUCUCACUUUAAACAAAUCCUUACUCUUCCAGAUAACUACCCACCGCAGAUUGACGAUUUGCGUGACGCUGACAGCAUUUGUGAAAAAGUGUCCUUACAGCUUACUUCUGCUCCAGAAAGAGAUCUGAAUGCACAUUAUACAGCAGAGGAAAUCGAAAAAGCUCUUUUCGAGAUGGCGCCGUGGAAGGCGCCUGGUCUUGAUGGAGUUCCAGCAGGAUUUUUGGGGAAUUGUUCGGAGAUUUGAUCCAAUGCAUUUUAGGUUGCUUACAAGGAG